GUGAUCUUGGGCCUUGUCAGCACGGAAGACAAAUUGGCUGAUCUCUUCGAUGCCAUGUCGAUCGAAUUCGUGACAGAAGUUGAAAGGUUGCUUCAGCUGCCCUUGGAUCCAAACGCAGACCGUUUUCUAAACUUUAGCAUCACCAUAAUAACGAGAUCAUGCGGCUGCUGCUGGAAGCCCGUGCUGACCCAGACGGCGGACACAUUCCGCCACUUUGCAGUGCCGCGUGGCAAAAUGAUCUGGAGGCAGUGCAGUGCCUGUUGCAGGCAGGAGCCAAUAUCGAAUUUCGCGGUCGAAUCGGGACGCCUUUGUGCUACGCAGCCGUGGCAGCACAUUCAAAUUCAAACACGAUGUGUGUUCUUCUUGAGUCCAGGGCGAACAUCGAAGCAACCGCUGGCGGGAGAACUCCGCUCUUUCUUACUGUGA